CAGCUCCCUACAGCUUUAUUUGCUACGUGUAAAUGAGACCCCGCAUUGCUCACACUUCCCCAGGAAUCGAUGUAGGUUGCGUUCGAGUUGGCAUUAAGUUGCACUAGUUCUUUCCUUUUGAUUUAGCAACCUUUCUUUCCCCCAACUUCUCUUGUGUCCCAAGCCCUCAAGGACAAUGGCAAGUGUAACAAACGCAGACAUCACAGUGGUUCCGACGAAAGUUGAAAUCAUUGAUCGAUUAGCUGAGGCCAAUGGCAAAUUGAAAGCUUUCGCAGCACCGAAAGAUCAAGUUAGCAUUCUACAAUACCAGUCAACAUUCGGUGAUCUCUUGGGUCCCUCUCCAACCCACUCUCUGCUGCUCUCGACCGAAGGGACAUCCCACAAUCCAUUCUUCCACGAAGCCUGCGUUUUCCUACCUAAGUAUGACGAAGUCUACAUUACCUCAAACCUCCUCCAAAGCACAUCAUCUUCUACGUUCCCAACCAUCCUAAUCUCUCGAGUCAAGCUCCACCGCGGCGAAAAGGACAAUGUGCACAAGGUCGAAUGGGCGAAGAUGCGUCCACCACCAGGAAUCGAUAUGCCGAAUGGAGGGGUAAACUACGAAGAUGGCAUAUUGUUCUGUGCACAAGGAACUUCUGCAUCAGGAACUGGUGGCAUAUACUACAUGCCGAGAACAGCACCUCCAAAAGCUAUGGUAACAAAUUUCCAUGGAAGGGAUUUUAAUUCCGUGAAUGAUGUGGUGGUCAGCAAGGACGGGUGUAUUUGGUUCACGGAUCCCUGGUACGGGCACGAGCAAGACUUUCGAUCGAGACCAAAACUUCCAAAUCAGGUCUAUAGAUUUGAUCCAAAGACUGGGGAUAUCAGAGUAGUGGCGGACGGGUUUGGGAGAUGUAAUGGAUUGUGCUUUGAUUUCGGAGAGACGGUUUGCUAUAUUACGGAUACAGAUCAGAUCCAUGGAGACGGCACGAAAGAUUUAAUGAGACCGGCUACGAUAUAUGCUUAUGAUAUAAUUACCAGAGCUGGAGCUCCCUUUUUGGCCAACAGAAGAGUAUUUGCUUAUGCAGCAGUAGGCUUUCCAGAUGGCAUCAAGUGCGACCUUCAAGGCAACGUUUAUUCGGGUUGUGGUGAUGGAGUCGAAGUUUGGAAUCCGGCUGGGACGCUUAUUGGAAGGAUUAUGGUUCCUGGUGGUGUUGCCAAUUUUUGUUUUGGUAAAGAUGGUGAGAUGUUUCUCUGUGCUGAGCAGAAGCUGUGGAGAUUGCAAAUGACGAGGACAACGAAGGGCGCAUUACUUGGUAUUUGAGAAAUUAUUGGCGCCUGAACCUUAGACUAGAGUAUUCUAACUAUCGCAUUGAACAUUUAUG